UCCUGAUGUGUGUGACGUGGUAUAGCAGCGCCCCAUCUGAGGAGUGCUUCACUGCUGUCAUUAGGAGCCCUUGAUUCUCCUCUUCCCUCCCCUCUCCUCUCCUCUCCCUCCCCUCACCCCUCCCUGCCCCCCCUCCCCCCAUCCCCUUCCCUGUGUUGCUGCUCUCGACGUCAUGAGCAUAGUAAUCACACUGGGAGUCACCACACCUGAGACACCUUACACCGAUAUGGCCGCUGGAUCAGAUCCUGAGUCAGUUGAAGCAAGCCCAGCAGUAAACGAGAAAAAUUACUCAAGUCGCAGCUGUGGGAACACACAGAAUCAUGGAUAUGGUGGCCUGCCCUAUGCUAUGCAACAGUCUUCCGUUGUGUGUUGUCAGGAUCAUAACUAUGGAGCUCCACCCCCUCCCACCCCUCCUGCCUCCCCACUCUCCCAGACCAUUUUCUCCCACACGGAACGCAAUGGCACUCUGGGACGAUCACGACCCUGUUUGCCCACCGAUGAACCAGACAACUCUGCCGACAGCGAGAGUUCAUCGGAGGAGGAGGUUGUGGAGGGCGCAGUUCCACCUCCCUGGUGUCAGUGCCGUCUAAUGCAGGAUGGCUUCCUCAUUAAGUGUGAGAAUUGCAGGGGUCUGGAGAAGAAGAAAGGGAUAGACGGGCAACGCAGAAAAGGAGAGAAUUUUUCAGUGGGCGAGAGCAGUGCUACAGAGAGUGGAGAUGAGGACAUGUCAGCCUCUGCUGUGUCAUACACAGCCACCCAACACACACCCACUAGCAUCACUCUCACUGUCAAAAGAGUCAAACAUAACAAAGUUAAGAAGAGAAAGAAGAGCACAGAGAAAACGCGCACUACCCCUAAAGCCAAGAAAGUUAAGGCUUACAGAGAGGGUUCCAGAAAAUCCAUGAGGAUGAAGAACUCUGCGUCUGAGGCCAGUGUUCUGGAUGAGAACACAACAGAAGGAUGGGAGACACGAAUUCGGCAGUGGACUGAUCAGUAUGAGGAAGCUCUCGUUAACCAGUACAGUGCUGACGUACAGACCCUCCUCGAACACUACUGUGCCAAUGGCAACUCGUCCCCAUCCCCGUCUACUGUCGCCAUGGACACCAUUAAUCGAACAGAACUGGCUUGCAACAACACUGUGUUGGGCUCACAAAUGCAGUUACAGCUGGGGCGUGUAACACGUGUGCAGAAACAUAGGAAGAUUCUCAGAGCUGCACGGAAUUUAGACCCAGAAACACUCAUCAUUGAAUAUAGAGGCAAAGUCAUGCUCAGACAGCAGUUUGAAGUCAAUGGACAUUUUUUCAAAAAGCCAUAUCCAUUUGUCCUGUUCUACUCCAAGUUUAAUGAAGUGGAGAUGUGUGUGGAUGCCCGGACAUUUGGCAAUGAUGCACGGUUUAUCAGAAGAUCAUGCACACCCAACGCUGAGGUGCGGCACAUGAUUGCAGAGGGGAUGAUUCACCUGUGUAUCUAUGCUGUUGCUCACAUCUCAAAAGAUUCUGAAGUCACUAUCGGGUUUGACUACGAGUUUAGCUGCUGUAAUUAUAAAGUAGAUUGUGCAUGUCAUAAGGGCAAUCAGGAUUGUCCUGUGCAGAGACACAAUCUCUGCCCCAUCCAACUACCAUCUCCUCAGUCUUCACAAUUUGCCCUGCCUGGAAUAGAAACACGGAAAAGACGAGCCCGACGCAGAGAGCUGGAAGGGGACAGGCUCGUAACCGGCGUGUCCGACGAGAGCAACCACCAGCUGGAAGAUGCAAACGAGACACAGGGAGUUAGCGAUACAGAGGAUGCUCUUAUUGACAGAGUGAAGUUGGAGAAUGGAGAGGAGUUAGAUGAGAAUGGAGUGCCAAUACCAAACAGACGUUCUCGUGACGAACGCAAGGCAGAGGCCAUAAUGCACAUGUUCGAGAACCUUGAGAGGAGAAAAAAACGUGGUCAGGGUUCAGCGCAGGGUACAGCUGAAGAAAACAAACUGGAAGCGGGGGAGGCAGACGUGCCCUCACUUACUGCAGGAAACUGUGUACCAAAUACAGGAGCAGUUGGAGGAGUCAGCACACGGCGCACCUCUUUUGCCACCGUGGACACAACAGACAUUGACCCGGAGAAGCCCCCUGCUACACCCAGUCCUGCCCCUAAACCACAACCUGCCCGUAGUUCCAAACCACGUCCUAAGAGCCGUAUCUCCAGGUACCGCUCCAGUUCAGCUCAGCGUGCUCGUAGACAGCGACAGGCUCUUUCCCAGCAAGCAGCGGAGGGAGUUCUGGUGGGGGGUGAAGAGGGCAGUGCCGGGGCAGCCCUCAGGGAGCAGGGCCAGGGAGAGGGAGCUCCAAACUAUGGCCCUCUUCAAGAUGGAGAGCUCUAUGGAGCUGCCUCUGCAGGGAUGGGUAAUAAGACACAUGUCAGAUACCCAAAAACCAAAAAGUACCUGGUGACCGAGUGGUUAAAUGACAAGGUUCCAGAGCGGGUGGAGGAGUCUGUGGAACGCCCUUUACGCAUCACCACUGACCCCACAGUUCUGGCCACAACCCUCAACAUGCUGCCAGGACUAUCUCAUUCACCUCUCAUCUGUACCACCCCCAAACACUAUGUUCGUUUUGGUUCCCCCUUUAACCCUGAAAGACGCCGGCGACCCUUUAUGAUUGACCCAGCAUAUGGUUCUUGCAAGAAGAGGUGGAUGAAACAAGCGCUGGAUGAGAGCAUGUUAUCUGGCCUGUUGGAGGAUGGAACGGAGUCCAAUUCUUCCCACAAAAGUAACAGCAGCAGCACCAGCAGCUCUCUCCAGCUUAAACCUGAGCUGACAGGACCCAUUAAGAAGAGGAAAUUUAAGUGUCCAUCAGAAAUUGCAGCUCCACCCUCUGAACUCUUGUUACGACCAUUGUCCCCCAUCACCCCACCUCUGCCCUCUGAACUUCCCAUGACGCCUCUUCAUUCACUCAUAAAUCCUUGCUCGCUUUAUUUAGGAGGGGAAGUGGAGAAGCUAAAUGCUACCAUGCUUCCGUUCUCUCCACUCACAUCCCGGCCCACCAGCCGCUGCAAUACACCUCUACAGUUUGAGAACAUCUCUUCUCCUGAGGCUUCUCCUGUGCACAGAUCAGAAUCUCUAACUCCAGAACCCUGUUUGCGACCAGACUUCACUUCCCGAGUCACUGCCUUCCCUGACUUUUCCACAAGCCGAGGAAGCCCGGCUCCUGUGUCAGAAGACUUCUCAGUUGCUGCUCAAGACUCACUCAAUGGAUCUGGUGGUGGGACUCCCCGCAGCUCAGCUGUUGUGUCCUCUCUAUGUGACUCUUCCUUGGUUUCGCAUGCCAGUGAGGCACAGGCCCGAGAACAGGCUUUUAGGACCGAGUUUAACCUCAUUUACACCUGCUCUCCCCUCAAUGCCAGUCUACCCACUGGUCCCGUAAGUGACAGACACUUCCCACAAUCAGAGGGCUUUUCCACAGCUGACUCUGACUUUAGCACAAUGAGCAGCCAGGGGCCGCUGAUGGAGGCGGGUUCGGGUUCUCUCUCGCUGUAUUUGGACACACAGUUUGGAGGCGGAUAUUCAGAGAGCAGCACAUCCCCUCACCCUAGCAAUCCACCACAGAAGAAGAAGAGGGUCAUGGUGAGUGCUGGUAGUCAGCUGGCUGGCUUGUCUGGGUACCAGGCAUUAGCUGUAAGGGGCCAGUUCAAGCCAGGGCAAAACAUGGUUUCUCUGCUAGAGUACAGGGAAAGAAAGAAAGGGCCACGGGACCCAGCGCCCCUCGUCACAAACAUCAGCUCCAUUUGCCCUCGCACAGAGUCUCCAGGACAGCCGCUCAUGCAUGUUCAACCUUCAGUCUCUCCGCACAAUUCGUUCUCUCCAGAAAGGCAAACUUUCCCACAGAUAGAGGAGGUCAGUCCGCCUGGCAUCCGGUCUGGAAACCACACACAGACCACAGUACUGGGUGGACCAGAGUCCAACCACUGGAUGGUCCCUACAUCAGUUGAGCGGUUGAGGGAGGGACAGGGUGCUCUGGAACGUGUCCUGAGGGGCAAUCUAAACAUAGAGCGUGCCCUUAAAAGAGCAGAUGCCGGAAUGAAUGACCAAAUCAGCAGUCGUGAUAAGAGCACUGAUGCUGUUGAGAUGGACAGGUAUGAUCUUCAGGGCUCAUCUCUGGCCUCUCCCAUAAAGAGUCCUUCUAUACACCCACAUCAGCAGAUGCUGCCUCUCCAGCCAGAAUCCCACCAGCGCUCGGAAAGCCCCGUCUUCGACCAGCAGAGCUCCUCUCCUCCAUUCUGUCCCCCUGUAAGCCCCUCUCCUCCCCGCUGCAGCUCUGGGAGGCCCAGUUACUAUCCUUCAAAGCUGCCCACACACAGCCCACUCGCCCAAGAAAGCCCGCCCACUUCUACAGUAUCCAUCUCCUCAGUGGACUCAACAAUGUGUGCGCCACAGCCUCACGGCAGCAGUGGAGGUGGGAUGGACACCUCAAGCCUUAAAGCUAAACUUUUGGACAGCACCCUGUCAGCUGCUCUUUCUCUACCCACCAGAGGUCUAGGCCACCUUAAAAUGGACAGCACUGCAGUACCACACACACAAGGUGCUCGUGACUCCAAACUGGCCCAGUCGUCCAGAGUGCACAGCCAGAGAACAGACAGACCCAGUCAGGCUAACUCGAGACAUCUCACGGCUUCUGGAGCACAGCACUAUCCACAGCGAAAUUUACAGGGUCCAGGGGUAUGGACACAGUCGGGGACCUUUUAGGACCCACAGUGUGUGUGUGUGUGUGUCAGAAAGACAAGUGUGUGAUAUCCUCCUCACUUUUACCUGUGGAGAAGCUCUGCGUUGUUAGCAGAAAUUUGAUGUAUUGAGUUCUGUAUGGAUGGUCUACUUUUUUCUUUUUCUUUACCUUUCCCAGUUCCUUUGAUAUUUUUCCAAAAACUGAAUUUCUGCGGUUACAUGUAACUUAGUGUGGACUUCAUAACAAUCAAAUCAACGGAACAUUAAAGUAACUAGUUUGGACUAUAUAACCAGAUUUAAAUGUAUUUUGAAAAUUCACCCAAAUGCUACAAUGAUGUGUUCAUGCUGAUUUUUUAAGAGGAAAGUUACGCAUCAGUGGUGAAAUGCAACUUUCUCUUAAAGUAGGGUUCUCAUGUUUAAGACUUAUCUAAGAGUAAAAGUGAUCAUGCUGAUCUUCAUGUCUAAUGUAUUAUGGUAUUAUGACCAUAUGAAAUGGCACUCUUACUUUAAGAUGCUUCACAAGCUUGAUUUUUCAGUUUCAUCAGUAGUCGUCAUCAGAACAGUUUUGUAGCGUGCUCAUAGAUGGCACACUUGACUCGGAGAAAUGUGUUUUUGAAUGCACGUGAAAGCAAUUCUUAGUGAACGGUGAGUUAUUUCCUCACUCUGAAUCAUUCCAGUGUCUAGCUAUCGUUGGGGUCCGACGGGCCUCUGGCCUGUUGAAUUCUCGUUAGUGUCAUAAAAUCACUACUCACUUGAUAUAUAAUACUUGACAAGCAGAACUUAUGGUGCUUCAGCUGGUCCAUUUGAAUUGUUUAUUUUGUUUCCCAAUGUAAUCAUGAUUGCCUCUAGGUAAAAACUUGCAAUUGUCAGUUCAAACUUUGUUUUUUUUAACUUGUUUCCAAUGAUUGUUAAAACGCCCCUCUUUGUGACUAGCAAAGCACACAACUUUGCAGAAAAAAAAAUUGCAGAAAUGUUUUUGUUUAUACUCCGUUAAAAAAGUAUGUGUACCCUCCCAAGCCCUUUAAAUCCUGUAAAGUGUAUACUUCAUUUCUCUCACGUCAUAUUUAAUUUACUCUCCUUUUUGACCAGACAUUGCAUUCCAACCACCAUUUUGGAAAGGAAGAGAGGAAAAAUGGUUUGAUCAGUAAAAAAGACAAAGCAAGUGUGCCGCUCCUGUGGUCUCUCAAAUUUAAGUGUUUUAAUAAUUAAAUAUGGCUGCUCACAGGACAGCCUUUUUAUCAAAAUACUGUACCUUCCUUGGAUGGGACCUUUUAGAAAUGGUAAGGUCACCAAUUCAUGUGCCAAUGAAGACCACAGUAGUGGGAUAUUGACCCCAUAUCAAACAAAACCAAUGCCCCUGUUGCAUCUAGAGAACUAUGGUUGUCUGCUUGGUGGAUUUAUACAAUACAACUAUAUAAAAAAAGAGAUUAUGUCUGUUUUUGUUUUAACCUAACGUGAAAAGACCUUGAAAUGACGGGUUAAUGUGUUCAGCCUUAGUUCACUGGUUUAUAUGAAUGUCUUUUACAUAUAAUGGAAAGAGUAAAUCUUGAAAAAAGAAAAAAAGAAAAAAUGAAAUCUACCAGCACCUUAACUACAUGAUCAUGUGUACCUGGGUGAAGUGUCAUUCUGUUCUCAGAGAAAUAUAGUACACCAAAUUUGCUGCAUGAUAUUUCUUUUGUGUCAUUGUAACAGUUAGGGUUGGGUUUAUUUGGUAUACGGUUUUGAUUGACAUUCUCCUCUUCCUAACACCACAAACAUUUGGCACUUUUCUAGCAUCCAUAGGCAUAUUUUUGUUGUAUUUGUUUUCUCAACCUAAUUUGAACCCUUCCCCUUUUCAUGACAUAAAAUGCAUCACAUUUUGCUUUUUAAAUAAAAUGUUUGUGAACAUU